UAGCUUGCAGUGUUAACUCAUCACUCCGACUCUUUCCUGCACUUUUCUUGUUACCUUCUCUUCACACGUCCUCAGUAUAAAGGACUCUUUUCUAUAACUUUCCGCUAUCCAAGCGAUCCUCGCCUCCAAUUUCAUUCUAGUAAAUAAUCACAUUUUCACUCCUAAGCAGACGAAAUGGGGAUGAAGUAUCGUCGUUAUCUCGCUGGCGAGCGCAUAUAUGGCUGCUCCAAGUGCAAGACCCAUCUUGCAACGAUCCACUCUAUGAUAUCACGAGCUUUCAAUGGCCAGCAUGGUCGUGCAUAUCUCUUUGAUGGCGUUGUUAAUGUCAUAGAAGGCGAACCAAAUGACCGCCAAAUGACCACUGGGAACCACACUGUCCGCGACAUCUAUUGCGUCAAGUGCGCCACCGUCCUCGGCUGGAAAUAUGUACGUCAUGACAUUUCAUUGCAUAAUCCUUCUCAUUCCUUGCUUCUGUCGUUCAAGGACCGUGCCUACGAACAAUCGCAGCAAUACAAGGAGGGCAAAUAUAUACUCGAGCGAAACCUUCUCGUCGAUGUUCAGUAGCCGAAAUGCCUCCGGUUCCUUAUCUGCCAGGCUACCAACCACACAAUCAAGAUUCAACGCGACACACGAUUACAACGAACAAACGGAACAUCACGACAUUAUUUGUUGACCACUCGUU